AUUUUGGGGGACCUGCGCAGUAGGAAGCCCGAGUCCUUUAAAUGGACUGUACGUGCAAAGAUGGCAGCUCAAGUCGACUUGCUCCGUGCAAAAGUAGAAGAGGAAAGGCUAAGGAACAGUCUGGACAGGUUCAUUAAAGAGAGGAAAAAGAAGAAGAAGAGGAACCUGUCGCCGUCAGCUGAGAAGCGGGAGAGGUCUGAGAAAGAGGUGAAGAGAGGGAAGCUCCAUCAUCACCAACACGCUGAGCGUCGGACCCACCAGCCGCAUCAGCUGCAGCAAAAUCCUAAACCACACAACUUCAGCGCAGGCAAACAUGUCCUGCACAGCCACAAACACAGCCACCACCACCACCACCACCAACACCAACACAAUCACAGUCUCACCAACGGCACGAAGAAGAACCUGCAGCCGACUUUGCCUCCUCCGCGGAAGGUACCGGAGCAGCUGCAGAAGAAGCGAGCGGUGCCUCCCGAGCCACCUGCGCUCUUCACUUUCACGCCUCUCAAAAUGGUCAAGGCCAAGCCCCAGGAUUUUAAAGAAAAGCACAGGGACAAAGGCCUGAAACUGAAGCAAAAGAAGGAAAAUGCCGAGGCGAAUGUGAAACACUCUGAACUGACGAAAAAGAAGGAGCCGAGGCCCCACAAUGAGAAUGUCAAGUCUCUAACACUGGAGGAAUAUCUCCUGAAGAAGAAAAAGAAGAAGAAGAAGCACCGCGAGGAUGAGCACACUUCCAAGAAGGUCCGAUACAUGCACAACAAAGCGGUUCAGACUGUGUGUUCAGGGCUCGGAGCAGAUCUUACUCUGCCCAUUUGCCCUGAUUCGUCUCUGCCUGGCACGGUGAAGCACGAAAGCAGUCAGCAGCCUGGCAGAGACGCUAUGGACGACCGCCAACCCUACCUCCAUGCUCUCAAACUGGGACACGUCCCCUUCCUGUCCCACCAAGAUCACUACAUCCGCAGCUCCUGCCUGCAGACGGGCACCUGGUAUGGACGCUUCAUGCAUGAGGAACGGCAAGCCAAUGGUGGGGGAGCAGUUCUGCAUGCCUAUGCCGAUGAGUUAUCUUGUCUCAGCCCGGCUGAGAUGGAGUGCUUUGCCCAGGAGUUUCUGGAGUUGGCCUUCGCUGAGCAGCCCAGAGGUGCGGCCUCCUAUGCCCUGGCAGUGGUGCACAGAGCAGCCUCCUACCUGCCCGACUUCCUGGACUACUUUGCCUUCAACUUCCCCAACACGCCAGUCAAAAUGGAGAUAAUGGGCAAGAAAGACAUUGAGACCACCACUAUUGCCAACUUUCACUCUCAGGUGAGCAGGACUUACUGUUCAGGAACAUACCGGUCCGGACCCAUGAGGCAGAUCAGCUUGGUUGGAGCCGUGGAUGAGGAAGUUGGAGAUUAUUUCCCAGAGUUCCUUGACAUGCUGGAGGAGUCGCCGUUUCUCAAGAUGACCCUGCCAUGGGGAAGCCUCUCCAGUUUAAAGCUGGACUGUCGCUCUCAGAGUGACGACGGGCCCAUCAUGUGGGUGCGACCUGGAGAACAAAUGGUUCCCACCGCUGACAUGCCCAAGUCGCCUUUUAAAAGGCGCAGGUCCAUGAAUGAGAUUAAAAAUCUACACUACCUGCCGAGGGCCAGUGAACCCAGAGAGGUUCUGUUUGAGGACCGGACUAAGGCUCAUGCUGACCACGUAGGCCAGAGCUUUGACUGGCAGAGCACUGCCGCUGUGGGCGUACUGAAGGCAGUGCACUUCGGAGAAUGGAAUAGCCGACCUCGGAUAACCAAAGAUGUGGUGUGUUUCCAAGCUGGGGACUUCAAUGAAGUUGUCCAGAGUCUACAGCUGGAUCUGUAUGAGCCCCCAGUGUCUCAGUGUGUCCAGUGGGUGGAUGAUGCCAAGCUUAACCAACUGAGGAGGGAAGGCAUCCGCUAUGUCCGUGUCCAGCUCUGUGAUGACGACAUUUACUUCAUCCCAAGGAACGUCAUCCACCAGUUUAAGACGGUGUCUGCAGUCUGCAGCCUGGCCUGGCAUAUCCGCCUCAAACAGUACCAUCCAGACGAGAAGGAUGAGGAGGAGGAGGAGGAAAAGGAGCAUCGCCCCACCUCCGGUCGAGUCUCUUUUUCCUCCCAUACAAGGCCUGAUGCCACAGUAACCCCCUGUGUAAGGCCCCUGGGAGAUAACACCAAAGGUGGGGUGGCCAAGACUGAGGAACCAGAGUUCCAGAGGCCAGCAACACCUCCCAAGGAGCCUCAGCCAGCCCCACCACAGCCCGCCAAAUCUGCUCACUUACCCCCAACGAACCAGGAUCCCCACCUUUCCUUGGAAGCAGUCCCCUCUGGAUGUACACCUUCAGAGCCCACCCUUUCAAAGGGUCUCUGCAACACUGCAGAGUUCCCUAAAUGACCCCCCCCCAACAGUCUCUCUUUCUGUCUGCUGUGGGAGGAGCAUAUCUGAAGGAUUUGUCUAAAAAUGACAUGUAUGUCAAUCAGGAAGCCUUUUAAACUAAAUUAUUCUCUCACACUUUUUAAAAAAUCUUUAAUUAUUGCUUAAAAAGUUCCCUGGUGUUUCUUUUUUUGUUCAGCCAAAGUGUGCUGUUUAGUAAGAUAAUAUAACACAUUUUAUAUUUUUAUUUAAACUGCACCCAUACUGGAACUCUACCGAUUCAAAAGGUGUGUGUCAAGAAAAGCAACCCUCACUAGAAAAUGUAUUAUUUAAGUUGCUUCCUUGCCAUAGGAAAUUUUAAAUUAACGCUCAAGGCUCAGCUGUUUCAUUUUUUGGCAGAAUAAUUUGAUGGAAGAUAGCAGCUUCAGCAGUGCUGAUGGAAGGAAUGUUCACGUGCAUAAUAUAUGAUUGUUCUGGAAGCAUCAUACUGACAUUAGACUGACUGUUAUUUCAGUGACUGAGGCAUUUAAAUUAACUUUAUUCAUAAGAUGCAGUCAGCUCCAUUUAAAUUGAGGACUUGGUCAGCUGUCUGCAAAACUGAGCCUUUACUGUUGGAAUGAAAAGCUCGACACUUAUUGGACAUACGGCACAUAUUUCCUGGAUUGGUCAGAGCCAGUAAACAUUUGACAGUGAAAUUUAGAAAGCUUUUGUUUUGGGAGAAAAUGGUUUGUUUUAAACUGAAGAAAAUACAUUUUACUUUCAGGUUUCAGACGUAGGGGUGUGUAAUUGUCUAAUCAAACCACAAGCACUUAAAACUUUAUGUCAGCUUUGUAUGUUGCAGUUUGUGCUGUUCUUUAUUUAAUUGUCAUUUUAUACAGCACUCUUUUUCUUACUGUUGAUACUGUUUUUGAUAUUUUAUUUAUUUUCUCAAGACUCAGCUUAACAUCUGAACACAAAUUUAUAACCUGUAAUGAAUAUUUAAGAUUAUUAUCUAAUUAUGGGAGCACCUCUAAAUGAUGAAGACAUUACAGCAUUUACCAAUAAUUGUAAAUAUUAUGUUGUUGUUGUAGCUGGGAAUACGUGAAUGCUGUCCGUGCACUCAAGUCAAAUCUCAUUUGAUCUAAGUUCAUUCUCACGUUCAGUUUCAGCUGGUAGUGUCACUGGGUUGAUUAAGGCACCAUUGCAGAGGUUUGCAACGGAGGUGAAUUUCACAGUUCUUUCAAAACAAUCUGUCCAAAAAUAUCUCAACCGUGAUCACCCAAAGUUUCCGAUCA